AGUCGAACAGUAUGAUGGCAAUGGCGCAUCGUUGGGCACUAUUGUGCGUAGUGCUAGUGGCCUUUGGUCUGGUGCACGGAUCUCUUAACGAUGACUACGACAGUGAUAAGCGACAUCAUCCGAGGCUUCGGGAUGAGCUGAGCCCCAAGUCGCAGCUGAAGAAUGCCGAACAAGAACAAACCAUCGAGUACUGGAGAGACCAGGCGAAGGCAACGGUGGAACGGUUGUUGAAGAAGAAGGAAAAUACAAACACGGCCAAGAAUGUCAUCAUGUUCUUGGGUGACGGUAUGUCCAUUGCCACCGUUGCGAUGGCACGUGUUUACGCAGGAGGCGAAGAGAAACCAUUGUUCUUCGAGGAAUUCCCGUACAUCGGAAUGUCGAAGACGUACUGCGUGAACUAUCAGGUGGCUGAUUCCGCUUGCACGGCCACGGCCUAUCUGACGGGUGUGAAGGGUAAUUACGAAACGAUUGGUGUGAAUGCCAACGUACCGGUGCGUGAUUGUCAUGCGGCCCGGAACCGCUCAACGCACACGUCAUCGAUCGGUCAGUGGGCGAUGGAUGCGGGUAAGGAUGCUGGUAUAGUGACAACCACGCGUGUAACGCAUGCCUCACCAUCGGGCAUGUACGCACACACGGCAUUCCGUGAUUGGGAAGAUGAUUACUGGGUCAAGCAGGAUGGUUGUACGUCGGAGCAGGUCGAUGAUAUCGCUCAUCAAUUGGUGUAUGGGGAAACCGCACCAAAGUUACGCGUCAUAUUAGGAGGAGGCCGACGUGAGUUCUUGGAUCGAGACACGGGCGUGGAUCCCGAGUACGGUCCAGGAAGAGGGUUUCGAUCGGAUGGCCGUAACCUGAUCGAUGAGUGGCUCAAGAAUGGCCCGGUCGGUGAGAACCGUACGUUCGUGUGGAAGAGGUCCGAUCUGAUGGCCGUAGAUCCACACAGAACCGAUCGGUUGCUGGGAAUGUUCGAACCCAGCCAUUGUGCCUACAAUCUCGACACCGUUCAUAAAAACCUGCCCGAAGAACCAUCACUGGCCGAGAUGGUCGACAAGGCAACCGACAUUUUGAGUACGAAUCCGAAAGGUUUCUUCCUGUUCGUCGAAGGAGGCCGCAUCGAUCAUGGACAUCAUGACAACGAAGCGAAGUAUGCCAUUGACGAGACGGUACAGUUUGCCAAAGCUAUCGAGCUGGCGCGAAAGAAGUUUAGCGAGGAAGACACUCUGAUCGUAGUAACCUCAGAUCACUCGCACAGCGUCAGCUUCGCAGGAUAUCCGAAACGUGGAAACGAUAUCUUCGGUACGGCGGGAACUGGUAACGAUGGGCUGCCGUACAUGACGAUUAGCUACGCGAACGGGCUUGGCUUUAACACGCACGUCGACAAGGUGAAGGGCUCCCGGACAGACGUUCGUCAGCUGAACAACUUCAACGAGGACAAUUUCCCCUUCCCCGCCAUGCUACCGGUCGAGCUGGAGACGCACGGUGGUGAGGAUGUGGCAGUGUACGCAUCGGGCCCGUGGUCCCAUCUGUUCACCGGCACCUACGAACAGAAUAUCAUUCCGCAUGUGAUGGCGUACGCCGCUUGCAUCGGUAGAGGCCAUCGGGCGUGUCAGGACAAGAAGUAAAAGCGAGCGAGAGUGUCAGGUAUUAUCUCAAAAUAAAUGUAGAUCUAUCAUACUAAAAAUUCCCAA